CUUCCUUUUCAUGCAUCAUAUUCAUAUGUUUUUAGAAUAUUAUUGAAAUCUUUUGACAUUCCCCACUUAGUUCAGCGUGCGGUGCAGUUCACCUGCCAAAACCCACAGCUUUAGCUUUCCCUUUACUGCUGGGUGCUGACCCAUGUGAACAACUUGUUCCUGUCUUUGCUUCAUUCCUAAUCCUACUUAGCCACCCAUCAAUUUCAUCAAUACAUUCCUCACCAACUCUUUCAAAAAAAUGAGCAAAAUGUGAUAUUUUGUUAUGUUACUACCCCUUUCCUCACAGGUCACAACCCAUUCCAUUCUAUUCAUAGCAAUUAAUAUUUUGAACCCUCGAGGCUAAAUCAUUCAUUCAAAGUCCUUGAUUUUCCAAAUCUUGUCCCAUGUUCAACAUGCUCCUCCAACUCUUGUUUUUCUUGCUGUUCCUUCUGAUCCCAGCUUCAUCUCAGCCUAACCAGAUCUUCUAUGCUGGAUUCAAGGGUGUGGGAGGCACCAACAUGACCCUCAAUGGAGUAGCAGAAAUAGAGCACAAUGGGGUACUGAAACUCACAAAUGAUUUAAGUAAAGUUAUAGGUCAUGCUUUUUAUCCGACUGCUUUUCAGUUCAAGAGCACUAGUGAUGGUAAAGCUUUCUCCUUUUCCUCCUCUUUUGCAUUGGUUAUUGUUCCUGAGUAUCCAAAGCUAGGAGGGCAUGGCCUUGCUUUUACUAUUGCAACUUCUAAGGAUCUGAAAGCACUUCCAAGCCAGUAUCUUGGUCUUCUCAACUCAAGUGACAUAGGGAACUUCUCCAACCACCUUUUUGCUGUUGAGUUUGACACAGCCCAAGAUUUUGAGUUUGGGGACAUCAAUGACAACCAUGUUGGAAUUGACAUCAAUAGCUUGGCCUCCAAUGAUUCUGCACCUGCAGGUUACUACACAGGGGAUGGUGAUUCAACCAAGCAAAAUCUCACUCUCAAGAGUGGGAAACCAAUUCUAGCUUGGGUUGAUUAUGAUUCUUCCCAAAGUGUGAUCCAUGUUACAAUUUCUCCAUCUUCUACUAAACCCAAAAGGCCACUCUUGUCCUUCCCUGUGGAUCUUUCACCAAUCCUUAAGGAUUCCAUGUAUGUUGGGUUCUCUGCAUCAACAGGGUUGCUUGCAAGCUCCCAUUACAUCUUGGGUUGGAGCUUCCAAAUCAAUGGACCAGCUCCACCCCUUGAUCUCAAUAGUCUCCCACAGCUUCCAGGGCCAAAGAAGAAACACACAUCUCUGAUAGUUGGGGUUUCAGUCUCUUGUGUUGUUCUUGCAUUGUGUGUUAUCUUACUUGGUAUUUACAUGUACAGAAGAUACAAGAAUGCUGAUGUUAUAGAAGCUUGGGAGCUUGAGAUUGGACCACAUAGGUACUCCUACCAAGAGCUCAAGAAAGCAACUAAAGGUUUCAAGGACAAAGAGCUGCUUGGACGAGGUGGAUUUGGGAGUGUCUACAAAGGAACAUUGCCAAACUCCAAUACCCUAGUUGCUGUCAAGAGAAUUUCACAUGACUCCAACCAAGGCCUGAGGGAGUUUGUGUCGGAAAUAGCCAGCAUCGGCCGGCUUCGCCACCGGAAUUUGGUCCAGUUGCUGGGGUGGUGUCGCCGCCGCGGUGACCUCCUCCUUGUGUAUGAUUUCAUGGCUAAUGGGAGCUUAGACAAGUACUUGUUUGAUGAUCCAGAAACAAUCCUGAGUUGGGAGCAAAGGUUUAAGGUCAUAAAGGAUGUUGCUUCAGCCCUUUUGUAUCUGCAUGAGGGCUAUGAGCAGGUUGUCAUACAUAGAGAUGUGAAGGCUAGCAAUGUGCUGUUAGAUGGUGAACUCAAUGGAAGACUAGGAGAUUUUGGAUUAGCAAGAUUGUAUGACCAUGGUGCUAACCCUAGUACCACAAGGGUGGUGGGGACCUUGGGGUAUUUGGCACCUGAAUUGCCUAGGACAGGUAAGGCCACACCUAGCUCUGAUGUUUUUGCAUUUGGUGCACUUUUGCUGGAGGUGGCAUGUGGUCUCAGACCACUUGAGCCAAAGGCAUUGCCUGAAGAUAUGGUUUUGGUUGAUUGUGUGUGGAAAAAAUACAAACAAGGGAGAAUACUUGAUGUGGUGGACCCUAAACUGAAUGGUCAUUUUAAUGAAAGAGAGGUUCUCAUGGUGUUGAAAUUGGGGCUUUUAUGUUCAAAUGGUGCACCUGCUUCUAGGCCUAGUAUGAGACAAGUGGUUAGGUAUUUGCAUGGAGAAGCUGGUUUGCCAGAUGAGUUGAGGAAGCCAGAAGAGGUAGGUUUCCAGGAGGGAUUUGAUGAAUUCUUGCACUCACUUGAAUCUCCUUCCUUUGAUCAGAUAAGCACAAGUUCCUUUGGUAGAAAUAGAGACACGGAUGCUAGUUUUCCUUAUUUUGCUAAUACAAGGUGAUUGUCUACAUUUUAGAGUUGUACUUAUAUAUACUCAAGACAUUUGUUUAUUUUAUCAUCCCAUGAUGUCUCAUAAUUGAAGAGAGAAAGUUCUUGUUAUGAUGAAUUAAAUCCCAAUUCAGGAAGUUUGUAUUAUAAUUCUGUCCCCCAUUGGUAUCCAUUUUAUGGAUUCAUAUAACAUCCCCCUUCAUUAUGUACACUUGCUAACUUCUUUAUUUCGUUGUUGUGUCCAAGAAUUGAUGAAACAAUUAGCUUUCAAGGGAAUUAGAGAAAUAUCAGUUGAGUUAGUUAGAGGUUGAUUAGACUAUUAGUUAAUUAGUUACAGAUUGGUUAGGUUGUUAGUAUAUAAACUCUUAUUUGUAUAUGCAUUUUCUCAUUCCAUGUGCUCUGGCAUGUCUCAUAACAAAGGGCUCUUAGUUUUA